UCCUACUGUCUCACACACAAUCUGGACCACCUCCGCAGGCACAGCUGGCAGCCUGGAGCAAUGAUGUAUGGCUGCCCCCCGCAGUACCAGCAACGCAGUGUGAGUCUGGAGGGUUUCGACACAGAAGAGAUGGAGCAGGUACUCCUUGGGGCCCUGGAGGGGUUCAGCAGAGGGGGGCGGGACCCUCGCCGAGCCCCCAUCACCACCUAUGGCCAGGAGCUGGGCUCCCUGCUGUCACUCACAGAGGAGGAGGCGGGCUGCCAGACCCAGCUCUUCUCCCCAUUUGAGCUGCAGGGCUUCAGUGCCUCCGCUCCCUCCCUGUGUGCCAGUCCCAGUCUGCGCCAGCUACCCAAAGCCAACCUCCACCCUCCAACCCACGCACACACUCAUACACACUCUCAGACACCUCACACACACUCACAAAACCACCACCAUCAUCAGCCUUGCCAUCGCUCCUACUCAAACUCCAAUUCCAUCUCCCAACGCCACUACCAAGAGUCUUCCCUGGGCUCUGUAUUUGGGGGUUCCACACAGAGUGUGGAUGAGGAGCUUGGUGAGCUGUGGAGGCAGGAAGACAGGCAGCGGCUGGGCGAAGAGAGAGAGAGGUGGAGGGAGGAGAGAAGGACGGAGGGACUGAGGGGUGCUCCCCCCGGGGAGGAGAGGGGGAGAAGACAGGAAGGCCUCUGGGACGCACCUUCAGCUUCCUGCGCAAGAUGGCCGUCCAGCGCAAG